GAUCGCUUACGCAGAUCGACUGCUGCCUGAGGAACGCUCAUCGCUCCUGUGUUUAUUUCUCUAUCUUUUUUUGUAGGAGUUUCUAAACUUUCGACGAUAAUCUAAAGAAGCGAUCAACCGCCUGAAAUGUUUGUCAUCUCAGUUGUUUUUGUCGUUUUCCCCGCUGCGCUCUUCGUGGCCGCGCAAAGCGUCGGGGAGCUCCAGGGUCUCACCUCCUCUGGAGGCAGCACCGGUUUCGACCCGCCCGACCCAUGCAUGACCAUAUUUCCACCAUGUCUGAGCGAGGCUGAUCGCUACAGCCUGGAGGCCCUGCGGAGCAUCCACCAGAUGAUGGAUGAUGACCAAGAUGGUGGGAUCGAGGUGGAGGAGAGCAUGGAGUUCAUUAUUGAAGACAUGAAGCAGCAGCAGACCCACAAGCACAGCAAGCUGCACAGGGAAGACCAGCACAUCACAGUGGAGGAGCUCUGGAGGGGCUGGAAGUCAUCUGAAGUGCACAACUGGACACUGGAUGAUGUUCUUCGUUGGUUGAAAGACUUUGUCGAGCUGCCACAGUAUGAGAGGAAUUUUAAGGACUUUAAGGUCAACGGAAACACCCUCCCCAGAAUUGCAGCAAAUGAGCCAUCAUUCUUGAGUGCCCAGUUGAAAGUGCUGGACCAGAGAGACAAACAGAAGCUCAGCAUCAAAGCUCUGGAUGUGGUGCUGUUUGGACCACCUACACGCCCCCCUCAUAACUACAUGAAGGACCUGCUGCUCAUUGUGUCAGUGGUGAUGGGAGUUGGAGGCUGCUGGUUUGCCCAGGCCCAAAACAAAGCCAGCAAGGUUCACGUCGCCAAAAUGAUAAAAGAUUUAGAAAGUCUUCAGAGAGCAGAACAGAGCCUCAUGGACCUGCAGGAACAGCUGGAGCAGGCUCAGGAAGAAAAACGUAAUGUGGCCGUAGAAAAACAAUAUUUGGAGGAGAAGAUGAGAGAUGAGAUUAUUGGAGCUCAGGAGGAAGCUUACCGUCUGCACGAGCUGAGACAGGGAGCCGUCAGCGAGCUCAGCCGCCUGCGGUACGCAGAGGAGGAACUGGAACAGGUUCGUGGAGCGCUGAAGCAGGCUGAGAAGGAGAUGAUAGCUAGCUGGACAGUCUCAGGUGCCCUUCAGCAGUGGCUCCAGCUUACACACGAGGUAGAAGUUCAGUACUACAAUGUUAAAAAGCACAGCGCAGAACUGCAGCUUGCUGCUGCCAAGGAAGAGGCAGAGAGGAUUAAGAAGAAAAGGAGUUCUGUUCUGGGAACGCUCCACAUUGCCCACAGUUCCUCUCUAGACCAUAUUGAUCGCAAGAUCAUGGAAGCUAAGCAUGCGUUGUCCGAUGUAACAGCUUGUUUGCGAGAGCGCCUUCACCGUUGGCAGCAUAUUGAGCACCUCUGUGGUUUUCCCAUUAUGAGGAAUCCUGGGCUAGCUAACCUCACUGCUCAACUCUACUCAGACUCAGCCCCCUUGGGAUUUCCUCGAGUAUCACAGUCUUCCUGUUCAUGUCACAGUUCUGUUCAUGGCUCAAUAGAAGAUCUUUUAGAUGAGCCUGCUGCUCCUAUUGCACGACAGAUGCCUGGUCCCAUUCCGCCUCUUAAGCGCUCUCCUCAUCUUCGGGGAUCCACCAUCUGUAGGGCACAUCGUCCUGGAGUCAUCCCUCAGUCACAACCUGCCAUGAAUUCCCCAGACCCUGAUCUUCUGAUCCCCACCAGAGCUUCUUACUCUUGCUAUGAUGAUGGUGGUGAUCUCCUCCGCAAAACUCUUAAAAAACAAGAUUCCCAAGAGAAAUUCUUGGACUCGGAAUUUAUAACAUCCCCUCCCCUCAGCAAAAUGUUCUCGAGUACUACUACUCUUGAGGCUUCAUCUAGAAGGUUCUAUCAUGAUGAAGCUGAGCUCCUUGCAGACAGUGAAAAGGUAGAAGCUCCUGCUGAAUUCCCAGUUCACAAAAUGUCUGAGGAAGAGGAUGAAACUCCUGUAGAUUUGGAUAUUUCUUGCAAGAGGAUGGUAAAACACAAAAUCUCGGAUCCUUCUUUGGAAACCUUUUCUUUUAAGAUCUCUAAUCAAGAAUCUCGUGAAAAUCCCGCACAAAAAAAGAUAUCUAGACAGAGAAGUGACGUUUCUAUGGAUGUUGCAUUAAGAAAGGGCAUUUCUCAUGAUUUAGAUAUGGAGGUCUUACCCACAAAAACGGAGAAAGAUACCCUUGAAGAUUCGAUGGACGUUCCCUCAAGGAAUCUUUACAAAGACAGAUACGAUGUAGAUCCAUUGGAGAUGAGAAAGAUUCUCCGUCCAGAGUUAGAAGCAUCAACAGAAACACACAGAAUAAUAUUAAGGGAUACUAUGGAGACUUCAAUAAAUGGGGCUUCAAGAAAGAAAAUGAGAGAUGAUGCUGAAUGUUUCAUUGAAUCUAGAAGAAUUACAAGGAAUUCAAUUGGAAUGUCCCAAGACAUAGCUUCUAGGAAUCUACCACUGAAUACAGGAGACUAUCAGCAUGAAUCCUCUCUGAUUGUCGUAUCAAAGGAUAAAAUAUCUGAGACUGCUGGAAUUCCACAAAGAAAGAUAUCUAGAGAUGAACUGGAAUAUUAUACAGACACUGCUUCUAUCAAGAUGCACCCCAGAGAGACAAUGGAUGCUUUUAAGGAUACUUCAAACUUUAAAGAUACACCAGAAUUUGGUCUGGAGUCAUCAAAAAGCCGAGGAAUACUGAGAAAUGAAGCUGAGAUGUCUGUUGGUUCUGUUAGACGGAGAUUACCUGGCAUACCAAGAAGCGAUACCAGUUUAACAGAUACUUUCACUGAAAACAUCUCCAGGGAAAGAAUGAAUGCUCCAACUGACAUGCCCAAACAUCUAACGCUGAGGAAUGACUUUGGAGGAUUUGAAUCAAGUUCUCUGCAGUGUCGUACUGGGCAGCCAGAUCUUAUGCCAACAUCCCAAGUGCCAUGGCAAUCUUCCUCCGACCUCUGUACUUCUGGGCCUCUGAGUCAACUUGUGUAUGAUGGAAUCCUUGAAAAAUCAUGCAGCUCCCUGUCCUCAGUGCAAACGCCUCUCUCAGCCUCUUCACCAAACCUUCCACAGAGCAAACUGCCAGCUGAGCUGGAGUCACCAUUGCCACCUCCAAAGGUUGUUUACCCAUCUCUUGCAUCAGCCCCUGAGAGUGGACAUGACAAGAACAAAGCUAAGGAUAAAAGCAAGAAAUCUUUAAAGCUAAAAAAUCUUUUUAAAAAGAAAAAUGAGUCAACUCCAGAAAAGUCUCACAGUGGUCUUCAGAAACUCUGACAGCUCACAGGUUUGUUUUUCCCUCUUUGGUGUUUUACUGAUUCUGAAAUUCUAGCUUCAGGACAUGUUUAUUGUGGCUGACUGCCCAAGUGAGGCCAUAUAAUCCAGGAAAAAAGGAUUUUGCUUCUUAUGGUGCUUGGUGCCAUUGGAUGAAAAAUGAUCAUUCUGCUCAUGAACCACAUGACCAGCUGCCCAGUAGCAAACCGCAGAAUUUUAUGUAUAGUAUCAAUGCUAACCUCAAACUCAACAAGGUGUUGACACUCAUAUGUUUAAUAAACAACCACUGAUGGUGAGCAGGGUCAUCAGGAACCCACGGUUCAUUGCUGUUAACCUGUAUUUAAUGCUCUGAAUCCCAUUUAUGGUCUAAAUGCCACACAACUCUUCAUAAGAAUUUAACGGGGUCUGUGCUGAUCAGAAAGACUUUCUGGGCACAGAAACUGUACAAAGAUGACGUUGUGUUCCCCUACAUCAACACCUAGGACAAUGGAAGAACAACAUUACCUUGAAAUGACUGAUUUCUUUAAGUAAUAACAUCAUCGUGUCCAGGAAUUCAAUGCUUUUAUAGACGAGUUGUUUAUAUAUGCAGAUAUUAUGAUUUUUUAUGAUGCUGUUCAAUGCAGUGGUAAGCCGCCUUGAGUUGUUUAGAAAACAUCUAAAUUAAGAACAUACAAAACAUUUAGUUUAAUUUCAUGUCGAUUAUAAACAGUUUCCUUUGAUGCAUAAAUUAUUUUAUAUUUGAAACCGGUUUUACUUACUUAAGAAGUCUUACAGGUCGAUUGUUACCAAAGUGACUUAGAUGUGUGAUUUUUAAAUGCUCUGCUCAAGGCUGAAGGACUAAAUAAUGUUGCUGCUUCUCUGUGUAACAGAGUAAAUUCUUGAAUUCACAAUAAAUUCUAGGUCAAGAUUUUUAGUGAGGUGAAUUAAUUGUAAUCAUGCAUUUGUUUGAAUUCAGCAAUCACUUUUUUCGGUAAAUGAUCUGAUUUUGUUUAAACUAAUGAUGUGUUCCAUGUCUACCUGGGAGUUGUAAUUUCCAAGUUGGAAAAAUCAACUCAAAUGUUUUCUGAAAUCAGAGCUUUAACUUAGAAAAUCACUUGGCAUUCAGAAUUUUUGAAUUCUGAGUUAGAAAAAUCAACCAGAAAACACCCUCAAAUUGAAAUUCUGACUUGGCAAGUCAUGUUUUAUCACUCGCCUCAAUUGCAAAAUCCAAUAAGUUCACCUUGAAUAGAAAGAGGGUAAAACUGUGGUAAUAAACAGCUUUUUUGUGCUUCUGUUGGUUUGUAUAUCAGUAAAUAAAUGGCCCAUAUUGCAUUUCCAAUGUUUAUUUAUGAUAAUGUUUCUUUAGAAUUGUAAAACCUAAAAUGUAGAGACACCCAAUUGUACAUUAGCCUGUAUUGCCAAUAAUUGUUGCCGGUUCCUGAGAAAAACAAUUUACAAAUCCUACAAACUUUCCAAAUCGAAACCGGUUCUAUAUGGUGAAGUGGGGAGUUACGUUAUUCCUAUUUCUGGUGUAAAUCGUUCCAGCCUGAUUUUAAAUCCAAAAUGGCUGCUGCACUUAAAAUGUGGGGGAAACUACAGCAACAAACAGUUCAUUUGCACUUCUGGCAGUUUGAAUCCUAUUAAAUGAGUUGCACAGAUGUAAGUGCAAAAUGUUUCUGCAGUGUUUGUAUAAAAUGCUGAGAAAACAUUAUCUGCUGUUGUUGGUAAUAAACAUUAGUCUAGUGACUAAACACAACAGUUAGUUUGAUGUAUGAUCUCAUCUUAAAUAUGAAAUCUCACAGCUCUAUAUAAGCAAUAACAGAUAUUUCUAUUAAAUCAAAGGUUUCCACAUAAAAUUAUCUAUUAUUUGCCAGGUUCUAAAAUUAUUUAAAUUGACUGUGCAAAACAAACACAUUGCAUCAUGUUACUAUUUAUUAGACACAAAUAAGCCCAAAGUGGAAAAUAGAAGUAAUUAUUGCUCUAAAAACCUUAGAUACGUCCCAAAUAGAUACAAAUCUAGACUUUAAAAAGGGUCUUUCUUGUUACUGUGACUUUAUUUAAAGGUUUGGGAACCUGUUUUAUCUUAAACAGAGCUAUCUCUUUAAUUUUUAAUGUUGUCUUAACCUUGUAAAUCUGUCAUCUGAAAAAUCAAUAGAAGGCAUUACAUGAUGAUGAUGAAAAAAGGUUUAUUUCUCAUUUUGUUGAAAAUCAGAGAGUUUGCUAUGAUGCAAAUACUGACUGAUAUAUGACUCUCAGAUGCACUAAUUGCAUGAGGAGUUACUUGUCUGUUUUCAUUUUAGCUAAAUGUAUUCAUCAGCAAUAUGAAAUAAUGAUGGGUGGACUUUACUCUGUAAAAAAAGGACAACUCAGUUUGAAUUUGUAAGGUUUACCGAAAAUGAAAUAGACACAUUACUUGGAAUAAACACAAGAAUUAGUGUAGUAUUAAUAAAAAAGUUGGGCCACUUAAGUCCAGAUCUCUUCUGCUGAUAUGUUGUGUUUUACCUGUCUUUUCCACUAGAGGGCAGUGAUGUUUAAAAGGAAACCUGACCCAGGAAAGCUCUUUCAUGAGUAGGUUUUUUUUUUUAUAUCUUAGAGAAAAUCAUCCAUGUUAUUACAACAGGAAAAGCAAAUGCAUGUGUGAAUUUAUGCACAAGAGAGUAACAAUGUAUGACAAUUAAUCUCAGUUGUAGGCUUGUGACAGAAAACUCUACCUUAAGAAAAAGUCUUAACUAAUUGAAUGUAAAAGAAGAAUAUCUGCAUCCUGAAGGUAUAUUAGUUAUGCAUUAGUAUAUUAGUUAUAAAGCUGCUGGCUCUUGUGUUUCUACAACCUCCUAAUGCAGGUAGAUUAAUCUUUUAAGCACACAUACAUAUUGACCUGUGCAGCCAUUCACUGCAUGGAAUGCAGCAUACAGUAAAAAAAAGAGACACAUUAUUAAACUUUUACAUAUAAAUGUAUAUAUUUUUUAUGUAUCUUUUCAAGAGAAAGCCAUUUAAUUACAGAUAAAAAAUUAGAAAUUAACAAUGUGUUUUCUAGCUGAGGAAAAACUUUGCACAUCCUACUCUCUUUUUAUUAGGCUUACCACACACACACACAAAAAAACAAAUUCAGUGAGAUGCCUCUUCUGACAUCAGUUCAGAUGUUUCUUGCAUGUAAAGCCAGUUUCAAGUCAUCCUGCAGCAUCUCAAGGAGAUCAAGGUGUGGCAUUUGACUUGGACCAGGACUUUUCAUUUCUUAAUUCACUGACAAUUCUUCGUGGUUUCAUUGUCCCUGCCAUGAUACAGGGUCCUGUUCUUCAGUUUUCAUUAUUUUUAGUCGAUGGUUUCCCGUUUUUCUCCAGCUCCCUCUGAUACACAGUAGAAUUCAUGGUCAAUGUGAUGAUUAGAAGACCAAUUUAUGCUACAAUCAAGCAUCUGGCAAACCAUGACACUCCCACCUCCAUGCUUCACAGCUAGUAUAUGGUUAUUUUCCUGAAAUGCUUAAUUUGCCAAACAUGUCCUGUGAGUGCAGGUUUAGUCUCAUCUGUCAAAAACGUUAUUCCAAAUGUCCUUGUCUUUGCCUAUGGUUUCUCUCUGCCAAAGUUCAAUCUAGGCUUAAUGUUUUUCUUAGGGAGAAAAGGAUUCCUCUUUCCACACCUCUAAUAAAAGUUAAACCUGCACAGCAUGUUUCUAAUUGUUCAGGUAUGCAUUUUGACAUGAACAGUAGCAGGAGCCUACUGCAGGUCCUAUCAUUUUAGGGUCUUUGCUAUCGGCUGUCAAGGUGAGCUUGCUUGGAAGGCCAGACCUGGCCAUGUGGGCAGUUUUUCUGGAUGACCUUCACUAUUUCCCAUUCAAUACAACGAUUGAUUUCAAAUUAAUUUGACACCUCUUUAAAUCCCUUAUCAGACUCAUAAGCUGCCACAAUCUUCUCUAUGAAGGCCCCGGACAGCCCUUUACUCCCAUCUCAGCAGUCAAGAGCAGACCAAACUAAAUAUCUGAGGUUUAAAAAUGCCUUCAAAAAGCUGGGUAACAAUGUUCUCUCCAUGUGCCCCUGAUGUGAUGCGCCAGUGUGCGACUUCAGCGGCUUAAAUUAGGAAUAACUAUGGGGUGUGCUCAAUUAUUCCUCACCAGAAAUGACAUUUUUAAUUAAUAUUUGAAAGAAGACCUUUUCUGGUUUAUUUAUAUUACUUGAAUUUCUUAGUAUUGUUAAAAAUUAUUAUUAAAUAUCCAUAUGCUGAAAUAUGUUGUGAACACACACAGGCUGUUGUAAGGUGUCCAAAUUUUUUCACAUGACUGUAGAUGCAUUGAUUUUCCUUCCAACUUUACCUAAUGUUGGAGCCUGGGAAGUCAAUGCAAACUUGAUUCUUUUUUAGUUUUGUUUUGAAUUAUAGAUGGGAUUCUUUGUUGCUAUUUUAGAUGCAACUCUUCUCUAAUAAUUUGUAAAAUAUAUUCUUUUGCAGUUUGUCAUUUUAGUUCAUUACUGUUCUCUAAAAUUUAAAAUGACAGAAUAAAAAACUCAUUUCCGUU